UAUAUUACAAAAAUAACCCUAGAUAGAUCGUAUUGUUUUUUUUUUCUCUCUUCGUCCUUCCUUUUCUUCAAGUUCCUCGCAUCUGCUCUAAAAGCUUUCACCGUGACUCUGCGCCGACGACGGAGUCUUAACAUCCGUUAGGGUUCCAUUCACAAUGGACGCGUUUAGAGAUUCGAUACUGCAGCGAGGUCCAAUCGAAAGCUUUGCUCUCAAAACCGUUCAAGAUUUUAUUCAACCUCAGAGACAAACAAAGUUGGCUCAAGAUGAGAACCAGAUGCUUGAGAACAUGCUCCGGACAUUGCUUCAACAGCUUGUGGCUUCUGCUGCUCAAUCAGGAGAGCAGAUCAUGCAGUAUGGUCAGUUAAUUGAUGAUGAUGAUGAUAAUAAUGUACAUGGACAUGGACAGAUUCCUCAUCUUCUAGAUGUGGUGCUUUAUCUAUGUGAGAAAGAGCAUGUGGAAGGUGGGAUGAUAUUCCAGCUGCUGGAGGAUUUGACUGAGAUGUCUACCAUGAAGAACUGUAAAGAUGUUUUUGGUUAUAUUGAGAGCAAACAAGAUAUAUUGGGAAAGCAAGAGCUUUUUGCACGGGGGAAACUUGUUAUGUUGAGGACUUGCAACCAACUUCUCCGGCGACUCUCAAAGGCUAAUGAUGUGGUGUUUUGUGGAAGAAUUCUUAUGUUCUUGGCUCACUUUUUUCCAUUAUCUGAGCGCUCAGCUGUGAACAUAAAGGGCGUUUUCAAUACAUCUAAUGAAACCAAAUAUGAAAAAGAUCCUCCAAAAGGAAUUUCUGUAGAUUUCAACUUCUACAAGACAUUUUGGAGUUUACAGGAGUAUUUCUGUAAUCCCGCUUCUCUUACUACCGCAUCUACCAAGUGGCAGAAGUUUUCAUCUAGUUUGGCGGUUGUAUUAAACACCUUUGACGCUCAACCACUAAGCGAAGAAGAGGGAGAGGCUAACAGUUUGGAGGAGGAGGCUGCAACCUUCAAUAUAAAAUACUUGACAAGUAGUAAAUUGAUGGGUUUAGAGCUGAAGGAUUCGAGCUUCCGAAGACAUAUUCUUCUCCAGUGCCUCAUUCUGUUUGAUUACUUGAGGGCACCAGGAAAGAACGACAAAGAUCUGCCAUCUGAAACCAUGAAGGAGGAACUCAAGUCAUGUGAGGAUCGUGUCAAGAAACUGCUUGAGAUAACUCCCCCUAAAGGGAAAGAGUUUCUCCGUGCAGUUGAGCAUAUACUGGAGCGUGAAAAGAAUUGGGUGUGGUGGAAACGUGAUGGAUGCCAACCAUUUGAAAAGCAACCGAUAGAGAACAAAUCACCCAAUGCUGGACACAAGAGACGGAGGCAAAGAUGGAGGUUGGGCAAUAAAGAACUCUCCCAACUCUGGAGAUGGGCUGAACAAAAUCCGAAUGCUGAGAAGGAUUCUCAACGUGUAAAAACCCCAGACAUUGCAGACUACUGGAAACCAUUAGCAGAAGAUAUGGAUCCAUCAGCUGGCAUAGAGGAUGCGUACCAUCAUAAAAACAAUAGAGUAUACUGCUGGAAAGGUCUUCGGUUUGCAGCUCGGCAAGACCUGGAAGGAUUCUCUAGGUUUACUGAUCUGGGAAUUGAAGGAGUUGUCCCUGUUGAGCUCUUGCCACCUGAGGUCCGGUCCAAGUACCAAGCUAGACCGAACGAGAAAGCCAAACGUGCUAAGAAGGAUGAAACCAAAGGUGGAUCUCUGGAAGAAGAAACCAAAGCGGUAUCAGCAGAGGGAGCCCUGGUUGGUGGUUCUACUAGUGAAGCUGAAGGUGAAGUCGGAAGAGGCGAAUCAGAGGCGAUGGAGAGUGAUGCUAUUGCAGACACUCCUACCCCUGAGGAACAACAAAGACUCGGUGGUUCUGACACAGAUAACGGUCAAGAGGCGGGACAGAUCGAAGAUACGGAGACAGAGGAAGGUGGUUUGAUGGACACUGAUCUUAAUCAUCCUCCCAUGCCUAUCUCUUGAGCUAGCUUUCAGUCUGUGAACCCUUUCUUAUGGUGGAUCCUUUGGACAAAUGUAUUGUUGUUUUAUCAAAUUAUGAUCAAGUCCGACUGUUCUAAAUAAGUUUCACAUGUAGUAAAUUAUGUUGUUUGCAUCAAAAUUUUAUUGGAUGUAAAAUAUGAAACGUCUUGCUGUUGCU